CACAUAAUCUCCUCGUAAUAAAUGUUGUUGUUUUUUUCAAUUCAAACUGAGAUUUUUUUCUUGUUUUUGCAAAUAUAGCACUUUGUUGUCAUGUAAUGGGCAAUUAAGCCAGUGAGGGUACUUUUUCGUUUUGCGCGUUUAUCUCCCUUAGUUAGAAUUAGGCCAUUUCUGCAAUGAAAAUGUGUUACUGCAAAAUUUGUAUUUUCUUUAUAAUUAAGGAUAGUUUUGGGUUACCCACAGAAAUGAGCGGGAAGGACUUUUCUCUCAUCUGAAGGACUUAUCCCUGGAAAAUAUUCGCAUGUCAGAGGAACAGUUCAGACGACUAUUGCAGUCUUUCAUAAAAGCGGGAGGCACGUCAUUGCGGUUGUGGCUUUGUUCCAUAGAACCGGAAGAUGAUGUACCGCAGCUUCAGAAUGAAUGCGAGCAGCAGAUAGUAUCAUCUGAGUGUACAACACGCAUUACUCUUGGGUUUGUUACCAUCACAGUAGAGGGGUUUAUUCGACUUAUUGACUACGUGACCAGAUGCGGUCAAUCCGUGAAAUGUUACUUGCACCAUACAACCCUGAAAUCAAACUCUGCUGCUGAACAACCAGUCUUACCGAUGUUGGGUCCACAGCCUAUCUCAGCUGAUUAUACCACGGAGUUGGAACUAUCUCGUAUUAAGAUGUCAACAGAACAAAUGUGUCAAAUCAUCGGUAGGAUGAAUCAACUCAACCAUUCAGUAACAUUAAGAUUGUUUGGUUGUACCGAAAUAUCAGACGAGUACAAUCCGUUGAGGAAUAAGAUGGUGCCUCCUCCAAACACGUCACUAAACUAUACCAAACAUAUUACGAUCGAAUUCAUGGCUAUAUCGGAAACAUUGUGUUUGUAUGUUGCUUCCAGUGCAAUUUAUUAUGGAUACACGUGUGAGAUAUCAAGAUGUGAUAUACUGCCCAGUGAAGUGCCGCAUGCAGGCAAUCUUCACUUUCCCCAGAUGGCUGCCAUCCACUCACCUGCUCAAACAGCAAAACUCAGAUUUCAUGAGGCAUCAAUACUACAACACGUAGUUGAGCGUCUCGCUCAUCAAGCGGCAGUAUCUGCACAUUUGGUUGAGUGUGUGUUAGACACGUGUAGUGUAUGGCCUCCCCCGGAUGUCUGGUCAUUGAAGGAAAAGAUGGAGGAAGACCCUGCCAUUCAGAUCGAGGAAUUCGAACCAAACAACGACGAGAUUCGAAGUUGGCGUCCAGACAUUUUAAAGAUUGGCCAAAUAUGGAACAUUCGUUUUAAAACAACCGCAAAGAAGUCUGCACUCGCAGAGUCCACUGCAGAGAAGCCCGAAGUUACGAAAUAAAGACGCAUGUAGAACGGACGUCGGAAUGUUUGACAACGUGAGAUCACCACGGAUAGUUCAUUCGUGCUAAGUGUUAUUAGAACGUUUUACACAAUUUGUGCCUUCAUUUUGGAGAUUUAGAGUUCAAAAAGGCAAAGUGUAACAAAAGAAUUGGCACAAUUGGUGCCUGCAAUGGGGAUACUAGAGUACACUCAUGCAAAGUGUAAGAAAAACAAUGUACACAAUUUGUGAGACUGAAACGUAUUUGGAAUUGCUUUUGUAGAUACUUAAAUUACAAAUUUAUUUUAGCAUAAAUUUCUGUAAAUACUCUCGUCAUUCGAUAUUUUCUCCCCCAGGUAUAUAAAUGUCCCUUUUCUUGAAGCAUAUGUAUCGUUUUUUAAAAGAACGUUUGAAAGAUAAUUGCUUAGUUUCUUGUUGAUAGAAUGAUGCAAAUAUGUGUUGUAAAUUAUAACAACUCAGGUACAUACGGUGAAAACAACCAUAGUUAUUUUUUUCCAUUUGCCCCCCCCCCCCUUAUUAAGAGUCACCUUCUGCAUUUUCCCCCUUUAUCAAGAGUUAUAUAGUGUAUAUUGUUCCCCUUGAUCAACAGUUAUCCUUUCCAAUUGGCCCCUUUAUGAACUGUUAUCUUUACCAUUUGACCUCUAUCAAAUGUUGUCUUUUAUAUUUGCCCCCCUUUAUCAAGAGUUAUCUUUUCAAUUUGGCCCUCUUUUUCAAGAGUUAUCUUUUAUAUUCGACCGUUUUUAUCAAAAAUUAUCUUUUCAAUUUGGGCCCCCUUUCGAGGAGUUGUAUUUUCCAUUUUGACCCAUUAAUCAAUUAAUUUAUUUGGUAUCCUUUAUCAGAAAUGAUCUUGUCUAUUUGGCCCCUUUUUCAAGACUUAUCUUUUCCUUUUUGCAUCCCCCCUUUAUCAAUCAAUGUUUCUUUUUUUAUUUGGUCCCCGUAAUCAAGAGUUAUCAUUUUUAUUUACCCUCUUUUAUCAAUAGUUGUAGUCUUUUCCAUUUGGUCACCUUUAUCAAGAGCUAUCAUUUAUAAUUGCCCCCCCCCCCCUUUAUCAUUUGUUGUCUUUUCCAUUUGGUCUCUUAUAUUAAUAUUUAUCAUUUAUAAUUGCCCCCUUUUGAAAAUCUUAAUGAAAAACUGAAAGAAAUCAAUAUGUACACGUUUCAUUGAUUUUAAAAUAAUUAAGAAUAUCUCUGUAUAUACAUUAACCUUUGUUAUUCAUAUCAGUUGUAGUAUGCCCAUGUAAAUAAGUACAUUGUUUAUAUAUUCGACUGAUUAGACGGUACAUGUAGGUACUGAUCAUUGUAUGAUGUUUUAAAUUUUGCUUUGUACAAGUUUUGAACAUAGUUAUUGGGUGAGUUAUUGUUUUGUUAAAGGGAAAGACAACUUAACAUAUGAAGUUGACGGUACAAGAACGUGCGUUAAUUUUUUUUGCUUUUCCAUUGUAAUGAGUAAUGAGUAUAGUGUUGAUGUAUUCAAAAUAGUAAACGUCACAUGAAAGAAGGUUAAUGGUGUCUGUAAUUCAUUUACAUUUCGUAAGUUGAUUACUAUACUGUUCAAUUACUGAACGCAGUCGACCUUACAUGAAUGUAUACUGAUUGACACAAUAUAGUGACUGAUAUGUAUUUGCUUUCCCAAAUUGUAAUUAUUGUAUUUUUCAAUUACUGAGCUAACUAGACGGAACAUGAACGUAAGGUAAUGAUCUAUGCAUUUCAUUUACCUUUUACACGUUCAUUUCUAUUUUGUUCAACUUGUUAACUUAGUAGAUAUAACAUUACCGUCCAUUUAUGGUGUCUGCAAUUCAUUUACUUUUCAAUGGUUAAUUACUAUAUUGUUAAGUUUAUAAGCUUAGCAGAUGGAACAAUAACGUAAGUUAAUGGUGUCUGCAAUUUAUUAACUAUUCGCAUAUUAAUAACGAUAUUGUUCACUUAUUGAAAUAAGAAGACGUAAUAUUAAGGUAUGCUUAUUGUGUCUACAAUUUAUUAACUUUUCAUAAGUUAAUUACGAUAUUGUUCAAUUACUGAACGUUGUAGAUGGAACAUUAACGUAAGUUAAUGGUGUCUGCAAUUUAUUUCUUUCCAUAUUAAUUACGAUAUUGUUUACUUAUUUAACUAAGAAGAUGUAAUAUUAACGUAAGCUUAUGGUGUCUGCAUAAGGGUGUUUUAAAAAAAGGCAAAGUUUUUUUUCGAAAUUUGGCAAUAUUUUAAUUGUCUAUGCCAAAAUCGUUUACAAGUUUCAAAAUGAUGUAAGUGCUUUUUUAUUCAGUCUUAUACAGUUUAUAAAAGAAAGAUAUAACUUUAUUGGAUAAAGUCAAAUAUUCCCAAUAGUGAAUCAAAUAUCCAUGCUUUGGAAGCUUUCAAUCACCCUUAUUGUUUAUAGAAAUGUUGUAAAAUAGAAGUGCUGCAAACAUGCUGUGUUAAUGACCUCUGAUGUAGACACAAUUCAUGGAUGAAGAGUUUGAAGUCUAUGUAUGGACGAUGUGUAAUUAUACCGUUUUGUAUUGAGUGGACUAGUGGGUUUUAAUUAUGUGUAUUGAUGGUGUGUAUUUACUAUUAGUGUGAUGGUGUGUAUUAACUCUGUGUUUGGAUGGCGUGUAAUAUCUUUAUGUGUGAAUGGUGUGAAUUGACUCUAUGUAUGGAUAGUGUGUAAUAAGUCUUUGUAUGCAUGGUGUGAAAAAAUAUAUGUAUGCAUUGUGUGUAAUAACGAUAUAUAUGGAUGUUGUUUAAUUACUCUAUGUUUAUACGGUGUGUAAAAACUCUAUGUAUACACGGUGUGUAAUAACUCUAUGUAUGGAUGGUGUUUAAUUACCCAAUGUAUAGACGGUGUGUAAUAAGAGUUUUUGGAUGGUAUGUAAUAACUGUAUGUAUGGAUGGUAUAUAAUAACUCUUUUUUAAGAUGGUGAUUAAUAACUCUAUGUUUGCAUGGUGUGUAAAACUAUAUGUUUGGAUGGUGUGUCCUAACUAUUUAUAAGGGAUUAUGUUUUAUCACUCUAUGUAUGGACCGUGUGUAAUAACUCUAUGCAUGGAAUGUUUUUAAUAAAUAUAUUUUUAUGGUGUGUAAUAACUCUUUUUAAAUGGAUGAUGUGUAAAAGUUGUAUGUGUGGGUUCUGGGUAACAGCGCUAUGUUUGGAUAGUGUGUAAUAACUCCACGUAUAGGUUGUGUGUAAGAAAUGUGUGUACUGAUGAUGCAUUCUUGCUAUAUUUAUGGAUUAUGUGUUAUAACUGUUUGAAUGGAUAAUGUGUAAUAACUGUUUGAAUGGAUUAUGUGUAAUAACUGUUUGAAUGGAUUAUGUGUAAUAUCUAUUUGAAUGGAUUAUGUGUAAUAACUGAAAGUAUGGAUUAUGUGUGAUUACUCUAUGUAUAGAUAGUUAACAUUAACUCUAUGUAUAAAUUAUGUGUAUAAUUAUGUGUAUGGAUGAUGCAUUCGAACUAUGUGUAUGGAGUGUAUGUAAUAAGUAUAUGUACGGACCAUGUGUAGUAACUUUUCAUGGAUGUGUGUGUUUGAUAUACAUUGCUAUGAUAUAUUGAAUAAAUGUCUG